UGAUUGGCAUCAAUUUGAUUGCCCAUGGCGUUACCACUUAAGCUACAGCUUCAAGCGUUUGAGCUACUCGAUACAAAAUGAGUGUGUAGCAUCCUAUGUCCCCUGGGAGAUUGGCAAAAAGAGGGUAGAUGCCAUAUAGAAGUAUACAAGUUCAUCGCGUCCUCCCCCUUUCCCCUUCUACUAGGUCAAUUCCCUUUUCCUUUCUCUCUUGCGUGCUUUGAGUGUAGAUUUUACAUCCGAUUAGGAAAAUGCGACAUUUCGACGCCUGGGUCCUGCGCGACCCCUACUCGAUCUUUCAUUACUAUCCCACCGGCCGCCGCUGGCCAGAGACUGUUCGCUCCCUCAUCCAGGACCGGCAAAUCUGCGCCCCCAUUCCCACCCCGUCCACCCGCUCAACAACAACACCAGCAGUCUUCCAUGAUAUCGAUCCCCAACUGGACAGCCCGCUCUUCAACCGUCUCCCCGCGGAGAUUCGAAUAAAAAUUUGGACUCACGUCUUUGACGCAGAAGCACCCACCCUAAUCCACCUCGUCCAGAUCCGCGACCAGAUCCGCCACGUCCGCUGCCCCAAUGCUGUCAGUACAGCCGUGGACAAGAACCGGCGCUGCUGCCCCGUCACCGCCGCCAGAUGGCGCACCGAUCAACCCUGGUCCUUCUCCUCCUCCUCCGUGUCAUCCUCGACCUCCAAGCUCUACCCCCACACGCACCCAGCUCUCCCCUUGCACCUCACCAACGCCCCAACAAGCCUCCUUCGCACCUGCCGGACAAUCUACAACGAAGCCAGCCCCGUCCUCUACCGCACCGCAACCUUCGACAUUGACGACCUCUCAACCCUGCUCGCAUUCACCGACCAAGUCAAUGCAGCAUGCCUCCGAGAGAUAAGGCGGUUGCAGGUCCAGGUCGUCCCUUUAGGAGGCAUGUUCGAUGACCCCAGAACCUCCCAUUCAAUCCACGCCCACACCCACUCGACAGUCCUCUGGACCACCUUCUGGGAAAGGAUAGCCACCCGUCUCACCGGCCUCGACGAAUUGGCUCUCUGCAUCGAUCUGGGCCGCUUCACGACCACAAGCCAGGGCACGGUGGUGGGUGGGUAUAAGCUUCCCUUGCCUUCUUCGGCAGAAGGAGCGGAAGCGGCGUGGGCGAGACCCAUCCUCCGGGUGCGCGGACUGAAGUGCUUCGAGCUGGCAGUCACGGCGCGGUGUGAUGCGACGGCAGCGGCGCGGGCAGGGGUGGAGCGGGAGGUGGGCGGGCCGGAGCGGUUGGAGCGGUUGCGGCAGGGGAUCCGCGGGGUGGUUUGUUCUUCGGUGCGUCAGGCGGGUGGGGACGGAGUCGGACAGGUUGAGGUGGAGGAAGAGCCUGGGCUUGCUGGGGAUGUUGGGUAUGAUGGGUCUGGAUUGAGGGCUGGGUGGAGGGUUCCGAAGCGGAGGUUGGCUAUCUGUGCGGCGUGAGAUAUACCGAGUAGUUUGGUCUGCGG